AUGGCAGGCGCAUAUCUCUCAGUUAGCUUCUCAUUCAUUCUCGUUUCCAAAUUAUUUCCCCCUCCACCUACCACCUUGCUCCAUUGCACCACCCCUCUCCUCUCGGCCAAUCAGCUGCAGACAGCUGGAUGGCUCAUGGCGGGGGCUGCCACGGCGGCAGUGGGCGUGCAGGUCACAGCACAUAUCAUCCAGGCAAUCGAGUCCGUCCCUCUGCUUGCCUCACUAGAGAUUCUCGUUGGUGCUGCUGUCACCACCAACGUCGCCACUACCAUCGCUGGAGGCGGGGAAGCGCGCGAGCGGCUGGAGCAGCAGUGGGACGAGUUCGUGAAGCGGAUCAGUGGCACGUACGGGCUGUCGGACCCGGUGUUUGACGAGAUGGAGAGUGGCAAGGACCUCGAGGCCCAGAUUCAGGACCUUUUGUCACAGUGCAGUGCGAUUAUAGCCGAUGCAGCAGCGCAGCACAGCGAGCGGCGGCCCUCAGGAGAAACCCAGCAGCAGAGGGAGACGCGGGCAGCGGAGGGAUUGCGGAGGGCCGCAGAGAGACUUGACCCGAAGCCUGCAAACAGCACAGGAAAGGGGACAGAGGGGGAGGAGCUGAAGGAGGGGAAAGGGAAGGAGGGUGGGGAAGCUACUUCUGAGGUGUCUCAGAGAAAGGCUGAGGUGGAGGUGGGGGAGGAAGCAGUGGUGGCGGUGAGAAAGGCGGAGCUGGUGCGGGUGUUAUCUGAGUUCGUGGAGAGGAGGGAGGGCAGGGCGAGGCGGGUGAACCGCAUGCUGCAGCAGGAGGUGCAGGCGGGAAGAGGGUUGGAGGGGCGGCUAGGGGACCUGACUAAGGCUCUGGAAGUGCGCACUUUAGCGUCCGUGGCAGCAGCACAGAACGUGGCCCGUCUGCAGGCACUCAACGACUCGCUGCAGGCGGAGCGCAACAGUGUGACAAGUCAGCUGUCCGCGUUGACCAAUCAGAUCACAGGGCUGUCCACGUCACUGGACGUGCUGACGAGGCAGCAGGACUCUGUGUCCCAGUCCAACACGGUGCUGCGCACUCGCCUGCGCAAGGCGCUGCUGGAGAAGCGCCAGCUGGCGCAAUCAUUGCGGGCGGCGCACCGCGUGCAGAGUGAGCGGGCGAGCGACGUGGAGGGGCGGCUGCGGUCGGUGGGGGCACAACUGAGGGCGAGCGAGGGGGCGAUGCAGCGGCAGAGGCAGAGAGAGGAGGUGGACCUUCAGACGUACCUAUCCCAGCAUACUGCUAUCAAGUCGCAGCGCAAUGCAGCAGUGGUGCAGGCGAGUGACUUGGAGCGCCGGGUGGCGUCAGCGGAAGCUCAGCUGAAGGAGGUGAACCGAUCGCGCGACCAUCUCUUCAUCACCAACCACGAGUUAAAUACACGCUUAACAGCCGCAAUGAGUGAGAACAGGCUGCUGCAGCAGCGGGUGGAUCAGCUGCAGCGCACCAGCCGCCACUCCGCUGCCGCAUUCAGAGACAGGGAGACCACCCUCAAGCAACACCUUGCGGAGCGCCAUGCUGAGCUGGCAGCCUCCCGCCAGCAGGCGGCUGCUGAGCUGGCACGAGUGACGUCCAGACUGGAAGCUGAAGUGAGAGCGGCACAGGAGGAGGUGGUGGAGAGCAAGGGGGAGGUGAGAUGGCUGGAGGAGCAGGUGGAGUCGAUGCGGGAAGAGGGGUUGCUGCACACGACACGGCUCAGGGCUGCUGUUGCGGCUGCUGAGAAGCGGGCGCAAGAGGAAGCUGAGCGGGCCAAUGAGCUGCAAGCGUUGCUUGCAGAGAGAAAGGAGACGUCAGACAGAGAGACCAGGCUUCUUGAAGAAAAGGUUUCAUCGCUAGAGUCCAAACUGAGCGAGACGGAGUUGAAACUGGCUGUUACAGUGAACAGUGCGAUAGCAACUGCCAGGUCAGCACUCCUGCCGCCCACCCCUGCUUCGCCAGUAGACGCCUCGUUAUUGUCGUGUGAAGGCUUCGGAUCAAGCAUUGAAAACAGUGAAAGCAGUACUCCUUCUGGUUCACUCAACAGCAGUGAAAUCGGCAGCAGCAUGAGCAGUGGCAGCGUCAGCAGCAGCAGUGGCGGCAGGAGAGGGAGGCGGAAGGGGGAGAAGAGCAGGAGCAGCAGCCCUGCCAGGCGUCCCAGCAUGGAGGGGAGCACGGAGGGAAGCACAGAGGGGACUGAGCUCGUCAAGGGGAGCAGUGCAGCAGAGGGUACAGCGUUGGGCAAAGAUGAAAGCACAAAGUCGGGAGAGUUGGGAAAAGGGGAAAGCGCAGAGGGGACAGCUUUGGAAGAUGGGGGAGGUGUGGUAGAGUUGACAGUGCUGGGCAAAACGGAAGGUCCAGAGGUUGCAGAAUUGGAGCAAGAUGGAAGCAGAAGCGAGGAGCAGAGCACAGAGGGGAUGGAAGCAGGGAAGGCGGGCAGUGAAGAGUUGAUGGGAGGAGGCGAGGCGAGCAGCACGAACGAAGGAGCGGGAGGAACUCUCGAGAGCAACGCUGCUGCUGACGCUAAAGCUGAAGCUGAGGCUGUGGCAGAGGCUGAACCUGAAACGUCUGCUGUUGCUGCAGACGCUGAGCUUGCUUCUGCUGGUGCUGUUCCGGCUGGUGUUGGUACACAGGGUGAUGGCAAUGGUGAGGAGGGUGUUGGUGCGUUGGAUGCCUCUGCUGCAGCAACGGUGCAUGUGGAGGAGGAAGAAGCUGCGGUGAUCAAGGCUGAUGUUGAAGAAAGGGCGGCUGGCCCAACUGCUGGUGCAGAGGUGUCAGUUCGUGGAACGCCGAAUGAGGCCCUUGGCACGCCGAACGAAAAUGACUUGAAGGUGUAUGCGAGGGCCAUUUUCCCUGCGUAUGUGUCACUUGACGCGUCUAUCAUGGAGCAGAGCCGCGGCGUGACAGCCAUGGUGCAGGAUAUGGUAAAGAUGGGGGCGGACAAAUCAUGGGCCAAGCGUCAUGUGGAGGAGGAGUUAUUGAAACCCGCGCUGACACAACAAGUAGCCGUUGCUGCUGCUCGCGCGGUGGGUACUCGCACUCGGCGGAAGCAAGGAAGGCAAGCCAAGGCAACUAACAGUAACACUAACAAAUCAGCUGAUGAAGAAUCAAAUGCAGGAGACCUGGAUGGUAAGGUGGUUAUGCAGUAG